CGACCAGCGCAACUGCAAUCCAGGCUCCGCCCCUCUAUGCCCAUUGGCUCAUUCAAUUCACGCAGGAACCAAUGGGCGGCGGCGGCGUUGGCUUGAGAAAAUUCUAUAUAGGCGGUAAAGCGCAGACGCAGCCUCCGACCCGAGGCUACGAUGAGUACCCCGGCUGUGCCCCGAGACCUGCAGCUGCCCCCGAGUCAGAGGACCCAGUCUGCAUUCAAAGAGCAAAGAAAACAAAAACUCCAGGAACAUCUGUUGAGAAGAAAAACAUUUUUUGCAUACAAGCAGGAAAAUCAGAUGUUAUCCAGUAGUAGAGGUCAGAGAGCUGGGACAUCUGAGGACCAAGUUCAAGAAGGGACUAAAGUGCUGAAACUUAAAACAAAAAUGGCUGAUAAAGAAAAUGUGAAGAGACCUGCAGGGAGCAAAAAUAGUACAAUAGUGGGGAGAAAUUGUAUUCCUUUAAAACCUUCAAAUGAACUAACCAAUUCAACUAUAGUAAUUGACACACAUAAACCUAAGGAUAGUAAUGAAACUCUGCAGUUGUUACUAACUGAAGAUGAUCCCCAAAGUCAACAUAUGACAUUAAGCCAGGCAUUUCACCUUAAAAACAAUAGUGAAAAGAAACGGAUAACUGCAGAAAAACUAAAGCAAGAUGCUAACAUGCCCAAGAAACCUGUACUUGGAUCUUAUCGUGGCCAGAUUGUUCAGUCUAAGGUUAAUUCAUUUAGAAAACCUCUACAAGUCAAAGAGGAGAGUUCUGCAGCAACAAAGAAACUUUCAACCACUGUCCCUAAAGCCACAAAGCCUCACCCUGUAAACACCAGCAGUGUACCAGUGAAAAGUAAUAGAUCCUCAAGUAUGACUGCCACCACGAAAUCUGUAAGCACUACAUCUCAAAACACACAACUUGUGCGACGUCCAAUUAGAAGUCAUCACAGUAAUACCCAGGACACUGUGAAACAAGGCAUCAGUAGAACCUCUGCCCAUGUUACAAUCUGGAAAGUGCCUCGUGAAAAAGAACUGUUAGAAUCAAAAACAGCUUUACCUAGUGUCAAAACAAGUUCUUGUCAAGACAUAAUUAGAAGUAAGGCACUGUUGAGAAGCAUAGCAACUGAAGUUGUGGCUAGGCCUGCUUCAUUGUCUAAUGACAAACUGAUAGAAAAGUCGAAGCCCAUUGACCAGCGAAGACAUACUAUAGGAAAAGCAACUGUUGGUAGAUCAGCUCAUCCCAAAGAAACUGCAGAAGAGAGAAAUUUUUGGACUACCAUGGCAGAAGAAGAUGAACAAAGAUUAUUUACUGAAAAAGUAAACAACACAUUUUCUGAAUGCCUGAACUUGAUUAAUGAGGGAUGUCCAAAAGAAGGUAUACUGGUCACAGUUAAUGACCUGAUUAAAAAUAUUCCAGAUGCCAAAAAGCUUGUUAAAUAUUGGAUAUGUCUUUUACGUAUGGAACCAAUCACAAGUCCUGUUGAAAAUAUUAUUGCAAUCUAUGAGAAAGCCAUUCUGGCAGGGGCUCAGCCUAUUGAAGAGAUGCGACACACAAUUGUAGAUAUUCUAACAAUGAAGAGUCAAGAAAAAGUUAAUUUGGAAGAAAAUACGGAGAAGGCUUGUGCAACCAAGGAAUUAGUCACAGAAGUCAGUAUUGAAGAUACAGGUGGUGAUGUAGAGCCAGAAAAACCGGAAAUGGAGAGUAAACAUCAUAGAGAUGACCUAUUGCAAGACUGUGAAAAGGAGCAAGACAGCAAAACGAAAGAUCCAACCCAUGAUAUUAAAACCCCCAAUACAGAAAUGAGGACAAGUUCCUUAAUUAAAUAUAAUGUGUCUACUACGCCAUACUUGCAAAGUAUGAAAAAGAAGGUGCAGUUUGAUGAAACAAAUUCCUCAUUUAAGGAGCUGAAGUUUAUAACACCAGUGAGACGUUCUCAACGUCUUCAAGAGAAAACCUCUAAAUUGCCAGAUAUGUUAAAAGAUCAUUAUCCUUGUGUGUCUUCAUUAGAACAGCUAACGGAGUUGGGAAGACAAACUGAAGCUUUUGUAUGCCGCCCUAAUGCAGCACUGUGCCGGAUGUACUCUGAGGAUUAAAUGACAGAAGAGAACUAAAGUUCUGAUAGGGAAUUGGGUUUUUAUGAUUUGUGGGGUGUUUUGUUUGGAGUAGCUUUAUAUUGCCCUUAGGACUGAAGUUGGCCAAGUACCUAUGUAUCUUAAGUAUUCAUGGCAGUGAGCUUCUUUACUAACAUUCAUGUUAUGGCCAGAGUUGUCCUCUGCAUUAGAAAGCUAAUCCUGCUGUUUGAAUCUCAACUGACUGAGUUUUUUCUUUUAAGAUAGGUAAAUUUUGUCAGCUAGUUUACUAUGUUCCUUGAAUAUAAAUAGGUUAAAAUACUAGGCUGUUCACUUUACCAACUAUAAGUACAGUAAUGAUACAUCAUUAGAAAAUGAGUUAUUCCAGUUAAAAUGUGUAUGUUUGCAUUGACAUGUUUUUAAAAGUUAUGAUCUCCCUACCAUUAAACAGAAUAAUUUUUGGGGGGGCUUUCUUGGAUUAGUAUGAAAGUUAAAAAUUGUAUAGAAUGACUCACUUUGAAUAUUAAGACACAGGAGGUUUAGCUUGCUUUCUCACCAAAUUCAUGUUACCCAGACUUGUGUUCUGUUGUCCCUUGGACUGCCUAUUGAUUGAUGAAAGUGUCUGCACUGUCUCUCUUCGUCAGUGGCAGUCUGUGGUCUCAUGGCAUCUUUUGAUUAUAACUGGGGUCACCAAGAAGGGUGCUUAAUUAACCCCAUUUAUAAGAGAAGAUACUUUGUGUAAGAAAGAAAAGAUGCCAGAUUUAUUGGUUUAACUUUUGUAACUUCACUUGGUAGUUUUUAAACAAUUAGAAUGGAGUAGGGAAAGAAUAUAUCAUACUGGAUAAAUGUCAUUCUAGUUUAGAAAGCAUUUUGUCAUUCUAGUUUAGAAAGCAUUUCUAAAAUACUUGAUAGUUACACAUUUUUCUCUCCACAUAUAAAUACCACCACUAAAAUUGUAAGUUUCUAAACUAAUGCUUACAUGGCACACAUCAUCUAUCAAUUCUAUGGUUUCAAAUCAGUGACUUUUUAAUUGUAAAAGAUUAGUUUAAAAACUAUAUGAAUGUGGUUGAAGAUCUCAUGCUUAGUCAUUUUUAUGUUUAUUCCAUUUAUGUAUCUUUUUUUCUAUUGACUUCUCAUGUUCUAGAGAGUAAGGUUUUUAUUCUGUGUACCUGAUAUGUAUACAAUAAAAAUAACCGUAUAAUGAUUUCAUGAAGUUUAUUUCAACAAAUACUUGAUGAAAUGCAGUUUAACUACAGGGAAUGAAUUUUAGCUUUGCUUUUGAAAUACAUUGUAAGAUUUGACUUGAGGUUUUUGACACUUUGCUUAAUAGUAUAUUUUCUCUUCAAAAAUCAUCAGUCUACUUAUAUAAACUUUACCUAGUUUUUUUCACUUUAACAAAAACAAUCACUAUGCCCUUUGGUUGUUUUUCAUACUUUGAAUGAAGUCAAGCUUUGAUGCACUCUCAGCUUUUUAAUAUCCAUACCAUAUAAUUCAUUUGUCUGUAUAGCAUAGCUUGAAAUGUCUCUCUGAAAGAGAACUCAAGAUGCAAACUUUAUGUUUGGACAAGUUUUUAGUUUUAGUUUUUGUUUUUUUUUCUCCUUUUACUGAGGGAAAAUCUGUCUCUAAAUGGUCCUAGUUCUAACAUUCAACCAGAGGUCUAACUCCUUUUCUGAUGCUUAAGGAUAGCUAUUACAUGUCUCCCCUAGGUUUGUUCCAAACUAAAUAUGUCCAAGGAUGUGAUACUGUGCAUAAGCAUCCAACAGAAAUGUAGCAGGGACCUCUCUCACGGGCCUGCUUGGAUCUUCCCAUGCAUACUAAUAAAAAAAUCUUGAGUCUCUUCAAGGGAAAAUCCAGGUACCUUAGCUGGCCUCAAAAAAGUAAAUGAGCAGCCUGGAAUAAGGACACAAUGUUUAGUUCCCUAUAAAAAUGAAACAUCACAUGUUGAGUUUUUUAGGAACCCAGAUUCAUGCCAGAUGAAAAAUCCCACCCACUGUCAUGUGGACCUAAGAUAAGGGGAAACAGGACUAAACCCUUACCACCAUUCUUUGUUCUAGAUUUCUUCUUAAGGGGCCUAGACAGAAUCAUGCCCACAAGCAAAACCUUAACAUUCCUUUCUGCUGACCCUAAGUUUUUACACAAAGCCCUACUUUAACCAUUGCAAAGCUCUGAAUCUACCUAUAACCUGUAAGCCCCUGCUUCAAGAUACUUACCUUUUUGGCUCAAACCAAUUAUAACCUCCAUGUAUUGAUUUAUGAUUUUGCCUGUAACUUCCACUUUCCUAAAGUGUACCCCUGCCAUUAAAAACCCUUGCUUGUAAGCCA